CUGAGUAUUGUGAUCGCAAGCGUAUGGCACGCUACUGGUUGUAAGAAACACUAUUUUUAGCAAAAGUGUUAAAAAACCUUUACAGCUGGUCAGCUGGUAUAGACCUAGAUAUACAGACAGGUUCAAAAAGAAGAAGAAGCUGAAGGAACCAAUAUCAGAAUUUUUCGAGCGCCAUGCAAAAGCUAAUUCGAUCACGUUCUAGCAACGCGAAGGACACUACCAAAGAUAAUCAUAAGCUUGCCAAGCAUGCCAAAGAUAUUCUUAGCCCCUCGCCCAUUAACAAGCCACAAGAACCUCCUCAACGUCUGUUAGACAUCGGGACCAUGCAAGAAAUGUAUGACGACUUCGUAGACUUGCACCAAAUCUCUGCACUGAUCUACUCGACCAAGUUCCGAACCAUGCGAAACAAAUGGUUCUGGGAGUCGGCUUGCAAUAAAGGCUACUUCAUCCACCGAAAAAGGUCAAGGGAGACCAUCCUACGGCCCGUGCUACGUCUCUACUACAGCGUGACCGACGUCACCAGUGAUGCCGUUUCCUCUCGUUAUGACCUGCAACAGCCGUUCCUCAGCGUACGGUCCCGUCGGACCACCGAGCCCUACUGCAAGCUUGCCCGGCAGAUCUGGCUGCAGUACAAGAUGCCAAAACGACCACCGGGUUGCUUCCGCCUUCUGGGGCUCUCAGGUGUCUGUUUCCCACCGCCUACCGUACGCUCCUACCAGGUUGACGGCCUACUGGCCCAUGCCCUGAGCACAUUCCAAGACCCUCAUGACCUUGUGAUGUUCCCUGUGCUCUCGAAUCUCAAGACAUACUUCCAAGACGUGACGGAUUUUCUAAGCAAGAUGACGGCCUUGAGAGAUAAGUCCAGGAGCCUCGACGAGAGGCUGAACUUGGCAGGGGCAAGGUCUAGAAGCACUGACAGCAAGCAAGAACUGGCAGUCAAAGCUAUGGACUUGACCAUAGUGGAUUGGCCCUGGCGGACUCCGAGACUCCCCAAACCGAUGCCACAACUGUACCAGGCCGCGGGGAACCAAGACAGCGGCAACGUGUACACCCGCGUCCUGGCACCAGAACGUCAAGAGCUCCACGCUUCUCGCAACAUUGCGGUCUGCCUGCUGUACCGGAUGUCCCUGGUGACGCGCAGCAUUCUGCAGUACCUUGUCUUCAUCAACGUCGAGGGCCAGGCGGCCCAGGACCUGGCUGACGAGGUGCUCGUCGCCACGGUUCGCCAACAGAUGACCGAGAGCGUGCAGGAGAUGUACCUGGACCCCAGCACGCGCCUAGUCGACGCGCUCUUCGAUGCCGUUAUGACGCGGACAGCUACGCUGGUCCAUCAGAGCGGCAGCUCGAAGCACCUGAGGGUCCGGACUCUCCAGCAGUGUCGGUUAGGCAGCGCCGUGGCAACCUGGCAGCUAGUUACUAUGCUCCUGUCUGGAGUCGGCGAGGCAUUCUCGGAGGCGGUCGUUGGGGAAUUGGGUCGCGAGGACAAGAGGCGCAGAUACUGCGUCGACUUUCUUGCGCUUGUCCCACGCCUCAAGGACGACUGCCUCUACCGGCUGUUCAACACCCUGCAGCUGUGGCACCGUAAGCUUAGUCUGCUCCAGGCCCAGCACACAGAUAGCCUGGAUCCGGUUGCAGACCGAGCCGUGGCUCUGCUCGCCAAGACGGCGGUGACCUGCACGCUGCACCUUUUCCAGACGCAGAGGGUGCAGCUUAGGCACGUCUACCUGCGCAGGCGGGAGCUGCAGGAGGACUUUGGCCAUUUCCUGGCAUGCCUCAAUGGCACAUUCUCCGUGAUUGCACCGCAGCCGGCGAUAACGGUGGACGCGAUCGCAGGCGGCCGCCUACGUCUAUUUAUGGUCGACAUGCUUGUGCACUACUACACUGAAGUGGUCGAGUCGUCUGGUGACAACCAGCAGACGGUGCUGGAGUGAGCUUGUUGGACAAGCUUCAUUGACCGGAGGCACAAUAUAACUAAUUCUAAUUCU